UCACACAGCAAUGGCGGCCAUCUUUGACCAGGACCCGUAUUCGACCAACUCAUACGGGUACGGGGGACAGCAGCAGGGAGGAAGUGGAUCCGGAGCGCGAGGAGGUGGGGCAAAUAAUCUGCAAUUCUACAGCGGGUCCUCUGGCGCAGGGGGGCAAGGGCAAGGAGGCUAUGGAGGAAGCGGAGGGAUGGGUGCAGACUAUGCCACGGGGCGACCUUCGUUGGAGGGCAACAUGAGCGGUGGUGGCGGCGGUGGCGUUGGUGGACAGGGAGGCUCGGGGCAGGGCAUCGAUCGGAGCCUCAUGAAUGCCCAGAUGGGCUUCUGGUCUGCCUUUGGGACGGGCGGGUUCCCCGAUGAGCCUGGCCUGAUGGAGGAACUCGGCGUCAAUCUUCCGCACAUUGUCGAAAAGAGCCUCACGGUGCUCAACCCCAUUCACUCGUACUCGGCCAAUCAUACGCGGGAUGCGCACAUGAUGGACGACACGGACCUCGCCGGCCCGCUCCUCUUCUGCUUCGCAUUCGGCAUGAUGCUCUUGCUCGCUGGUAAAUCCCAGUUCGGAUACAUCUACGGUGUCGCCUUGCUCGGCAGCCUCUCCAUCUACAUGCUCCUCAACAUGAUGUCCGAGGAGGGCAUCGACGCAUACCGAGUCGCCAGCGUGCUCGGCUACUGUCUCCUGCCCCUCUGCCUCCUCAGCGCCGUCAGCAUCUUUUUCCGAUUAGACUCAUGGUGGGGAUACAUGGCCGCGCCCCUCUUUAUCCUCUGGUCCAGCUCGAGCGCGUCAGGCAUCUUUGUCAGCGUCCUCCGGCUCAGCGAGCAGCGCUUCCUCAUCGCCUACCCCCUCGGUCUCCUGUACAGCUGCUUUGCCAUCCUGAGCAUCUUUGACUUUGGCGCAGUUGGCGGCAAAAAGGCAUAGAGUCGCCACAGUACCACCUUUCCUGUAACUCACUUUUGACGGAGCGGCCAUGGGAGUCCGUCUCGCUUGCCAUUCGCAAUGAUGAACAUUGUUUAGAGACAAAC